CUUGGGUCAAAUAGUAGUAUCUAUACACCAACCUUCUAGGAGGCCAACCUUAUAGAAGGAGGUCUACGUCUAAGAUACAGAUAGCAGUGCUGCACACCAAUCUUAGGAGCUCUACGAGGUCUUCGUCUACGAGGAUUGACAAUCCACCUGGAGUGUUGCAUGCAUCAACAAGAAUAUAGAAGCGUUUUAUUGAAAAGCUUUGGACCUUGCUAUCUUGUUACUCCUUCUUGGUGAAAAGCUUUGGACCUUGCUAUCUUAUACUCCUCGUUGCGCCUCGUUGUGGUCCCCAUUGCCUCCUUGCAUCGUCGUCGGAGAAAGGGAUAAACAAGUGCAGCGUCUACUGGAAUACAUGCGGCCACUUGGAAACAGAGGAGUUCUUCUCCCGUACCAUGGAAACUACUAGGACUAGCGUACGAAUUCAAGAUCUUCAACGACGAGUACAAAACGCCUGCAACGCAACUGCUUCUUCAUAAGAACGCAACAAAAAUUGGGAUGCUACUGACCUCCUCCUCCUUCACACGAGAACAAGGCAAGAACUUACCCUCUUUCCUAUACGACAAGGACUUGCAGCAGAACCCUAACGUUUACGCUACAUUGCUUGCCAACCACUUGAAACACCUCCACAAGAAUAUCAUCAACAUCUUCUCCGUAAAGACGCGCGAAUCGGAAUAUCCUCCUUCGGACAGGAAAAAAUACUGCUAAAAACAUCCACAGUACUAGGUACUUCAUCUUCAUCUUAGUACUUUUGUCUCUUCUCCUUUGCCGAAAUGUCGCAAGCAGUGAAGAUGGUUCGGACCUUCGUAGAGAUCGUCUCGGACGAAGAAGAGGAUAGAGGUGGAAUGUUGGAGAAAACUAAGUCCCUACCAGCAACUGCUCAUACGGAGUACAAACAAAAACGGACACCUGGCACAGGUCCACUUGAUAGCGAGUCAAGAGUCGCGCCUGCACCUGGUACUAUUUGAUCCUCUACGACGAUCCUUUAUGAUUAAACUUUGUUUUGAUCCACGAAGAUCCUUUAUAAUUAAACAUUAAUGUUUAUAAUUUAAUUGACGAGAAUCAAUGCGCCUUUGAACUUUGUUGAAAAAUUUAAUUGACGAGAAUGCAGCCUGUUAAUAUUGUUACCUCGUCGAAGAAAAUUUCUCACAGGUCUUUCCUCAGCUAGCAGCAGAGCCGCAGGACGCAGUCGAAUGGAACCAAUAGCUGAAGAC